AUGGAUGAGAAAACAAACUUGAUAAUUGAAUUUAGCCUUGUUCAAGUAACAGAGGUAACAUCGUCUAAUGCAAUGGAAUAUGAAGGCUGUAAGAGAACACUAAAUUCAAUUAUCAAGAAGAAGAUUCCAAUCCGAUGUCUUACAACAGAUCGUCACACAACAAUCACAGCGAAGAUGAGGACAAACUACUCCAACAUUGUUCACCAGUAUGAUGUGUGGCAUCUUAGCAAGUGGGUGACCAAAAAGCUGUCAAAGAAGGCAAAAAAGAAAGAUUGUCAAGAGUUACUGCCAUGGAUCCAGAGUGUUUCCAACCAUUUAUGGUGGUGCUCUGUAACAUGCGAGCAGAAUGCAGAUGUCCUAAGGGAGAAGUGGUUGUCCUUGUUGCAUCACAUCACUGGUAAACACUGUUGGAGGGCCUCCAAGGAAUUUACAUUAGUAAAAAAAUGUGGCCACCCUAGAAUAAGUAGAAAAGACCAAAAAGAGAUUGUAUGGGUUGAAAAUGGUUCCCCUGCUCAUGUUGCUUUGGAGGAAGUCAUCACAAACAAAAAGCUGCUGAAAGAUCUGGCAAAGCUAACAGAAUUCCACCACACUGGUGAGUUAGAGUCAUACCAUUCCCUUAUGACAAAAUAUGCACCUAAACGUGAGCACUUUUGUUAUAAUGGAAUGGUGGCUCGAACUCAGCUAGCCGUCUUGGACCACAAUGCCAAUGUGAACAGAGCCCAGGCAGAAGUGAAGAAAGGAUCAAAGCAAGGCGAGAAAAGGUUCAAGAUUGUUUGUGGCAAGCAGAGAAAGAACUGGGUGGCCAAGGAGAUUAAGACCCCAAAAUCCUACAGCUAUGUUGAGGGCAUGAUGAAUGAUGUAAUCUUGUGUAAGAAAGGCAAAAAAUUCAAAUACAAGCCAAAAAUUCAAGCAAAAUGUAUUGCACCAACUCCUAAGCCACCAAAACAGGAUGUCAUUGAGAAGCGGCUCAGUAAUAAACAGAAGUGA